CUUUGCGGCGGCUUCGACAGCGACGGGUCUAACGUCGGAGACGAUUGUGCUGCCCUCCCCAUCUCCCUCUGCAGAACCCGCUUCGGUCAUCUCUCCCAAGGAAAACAUGUCUGAUCAGGGACAAAUCACCUCGAGUACCUCUACCACGAAUGCGCCUCUCGCUCCACCAUGUACUCCUCAUGCAUUCCCCCUCACUUCCCUCCCAUCUCUUUUGGCUUCGCGGCACCCUGGUACGAACCUUGCCGAGAUUUUGCGCGACAGCCAAUGGAGCGUGGACGCCGAGAUGGUCGAGGAUCCGGUGAAAGUGGCGCUGAAGGGAGGUGGCGAUCAUCUGCCCCGUCUCAGGAGGGUGACUGGACUGGCCAGGCGGCGGUAAGAGAGCUCCCCCCAUCGUUUGGUAUGCACGUCCCUCUCCCUCCCCGUCCCCCUCCCCCUGGCCUCAAUCGCCGAUGAGUGCGGUGGGUGCACCUCCCAUAGGUACCCGCCCUUUGAUAAUGUCUGCGAACCUUCGUAGGCCCCAAACACCGAUAGAUAGUACCUCGCCGACAUCCCCGAUGUAGUAGAGUACACCGAAUACUAUAGAGCUUUUGUGACAGCA